GACAAUUUUUUGUAUAAACCACCUAGUAUCUAGUCACCCUUUCGAAAGCUAAAUAUUUUAGAUUCGAGAUUUAGUCAUAGUUAAGAUUCUUCAUCAUUUCCCAAAAUGUAUUGUGCGAUAAUGGAACCGGAGAGUUAUUCCAGCACAUCAACUAACCUAACCCAAAGUGGAUAAAUAUAAGUAUUGACUAUAAUUACAUAAUGAAAUUAAUUAUUUUCAUGUAACCCCUCUUUCUUUAUGACUACAGAUAAAACCAACACAAAACAAACAGGUUUAUAGCAGAGGAGCUGCUUCACUCACCACUCCAUGACACUGCGCAAGGCGUUGCCAUACUCUACAAUCUGCUCAACCCCUUAUGCGUGUUUUGUGAGGUGUCUCCAGUUCCAAGUGCAAGCACAUUGGUCAUCAUCUUCACACUCUUCAUCUUCUUCUUCAGCACCACCAACAGUGGAGCAUGUGUGCCAUCUCAUACUGGAGCAGAAAACCGCUUCCGAGGCGCUUGAAACCUUCAGAUGGGCCUCCACCGUUCCCAAAUUCGUGCACUCUCAAUCCACAUACCGCGCAUUGAUCCACAAGCUCUGCACAUUCCGCCACUUCGAUACUGUCAAGCAACUGCUCGACGAAAUGCCCAGCUCAAUCGGUGCUUCCCCGGGCGAUGACAUCUUCAUUACCAUCAUCCGUGGCCUUGGUCGUGCUGGAAUGACACGAAGGGUCAUCAAAGUUCUUGACUUGGCCUACAAGUUUCAUGACAGGCCCUCCUUGAAGAUUUAUAACUCAAUUUUGGAUGUCCUUGUCAAAGAGGAUAUUGACAUAGCUAGGGAGUUUUAUAGGAAGAGCAUGAUGGAGAGUGGGGUUGAGGGGGAUGAUUAUACUUUUGGGAUUUUGAUGAAAGGCUUGUGCUUCACAAAUAGGAUAGGUGAAGGUUUUAAGCUGUUGCAGCUCAUUAAGUCUAGGGGGGUCACCCCAAACACUGUGAUUUACAACACCUUGCUCCAUGCACUUUGUAGGAAUGGCAAGGUUGGAAGGGCUAGGAGCUUGAUGAGUGAGAUAAAGGAGCCCAAUGAUGUCACUUUUAAUAUUUUGAUAUCUGCGUAUUGCAAGGAAGAGAAUUUAGUUCAAGCUCUAGUGCUGCUUGAGAAGUGCUUUGCCUUGGGUCUUUUGCCUGAUGUUGUUACCAUAACUAAGGUGGUGGAAAUUCUAUGCAAUGCUGGCCGUGUAACCGAGGCUGCUGAGGUUUUGGAUAGAGUUGAGAGCAUGGGAGGUUCGCUUGAUGUUGUCGCUUACAACACCUUGAUAAAGGGGUUUUGUGGAGUGGGGAAAGUGAAAGUUGCACUUCAUUUCCUGAAGCAGAUGGAGAAUAAAGGUUGUCUUCCAAAUGUAGACACCUAUAAUAUACUGAUAUCUGGUUUUUGUGAGUCUAGGAUGGUGGAUUUAGCUCUUGAUCUUUUUAAUGACAUGAAAACAGAUGGGAUCCAAUGGAACUUUGUUACUUUUGACACGAUGAUUAGAGGAUUGUGUUCAGAAGGAAGAAUUGAAGAUGGUUUUUCUAUUUUGGAAUUAAUGGAGGAAAGCAAGGAAAGCUCCAGAGGGCACAUUAGCCCUUAUAAUAGCAUCAUAUAUGGUCUAUUCAAGCAAAAUCGUUUUGAUGAAGCAACCGAGUUUCUAACAAAGAUGAGACAGUUGUUUCCUAGAGCUGUUGACAGAAGCUUGAUGAUUUUAGAGCACAGCAAGGACGGGGCUAUUGAGGAUGCAAAGAGGGUAUAUGAUCAAAUGAUUGAUGAAGGUGGAAUUCCAAGUAUUCUAGUUUAUAAUUGCCUUGUUCAUGGAUUUUGCAAAGAACAUAGUGUGCGAGAGGCGAUAGAGCUGAUGAAUGAAAUGAUUGUUAAUAACUGCUUUCCCGUUCCAGCCACAUUCAAUGCUAUCAUCACUGGUUUUUGCAGGCAAGGAAAAGUUGAAAGUGCCUUGAAGUUUCUGGAAGAUAUCACUGCAAGAGGUUGUGUACCCAAUACAGAAAGUUACAGUCCUUUGAUUGGUGCCCUGAGUAGGAAGGGGGACCUUCAAAAAGCAAUACAGGUCUUUGGAGAAAUGGUGGAGAAUGAUAUCCUUCCUGACCUUAUUAUUUGGAAUUCACUGCUACUAACCAUGAGUCAAGAAAAAUAUUUCAAUAAGAACAUGUUCAACAUAGAUGGCCUACUCUAGUUCAAAUUUGUUCCCAGCAAUUGUAGAUUUUCAUCCAUGGCUUCCUAGUAGUUCCUGCAGGCCUUAUCUCUAUGGUUAUGGCCAUAACCAUAGAGAUAACCAACCUUAUGCUAGUACUCUGGUGGUUUAGUUGAAUUAUUGAUUACAUGUUUUGUUUUUCAUUGAGAAGGGUCCUGAGCCAAAUGUGAUACUCACCUACAAAAUGUGAUCCUGAGUUGUCUUGUACAAAAUUAGUCAUUUAUUGUGAACAAAAUUCUCUUGGUUCUCCACAAUCCACACAUGUAAGAAAUGUAGCCGAAAUAUUAUCGAUGUACCCACACCGUCACAUAAUUUGGUAGGCCAUGGAUAGGCAGUGUAGUUAA